ACGUAUGUGCACACACGUGCACUUCCUCCUCGGGGCGGGAUUCUUCCCCCACCCGCUUUAAAGAGCCACGUUCGCUCCGCCUCCCCCAUUUGCGUCUAAGAAGGAAGCGGAAGUGACGUCUCGUGCUCUAGUAGUGAGGGACGAGCCGGAAAGAGGGAGGGUUAAGGCUCGGGCCCGGGAGCCGGAGGGAGCCGCAGAGCAGCUGCUACUGUCUCCACCGUCGCUGCCCGGACCCUCCAGGGGGGGAGAGAUGGCUGAAAUCAGUGACCUUGACCGCCAGAUUGAACAACUGCGGCGCUGUGAACUCAUCAAGGAGAGUGAGGUCAAAGCCCUCUGUGCAAAGGCCAGAGAGAUCCUAGUGGAAGAAAGUAAUGUCCAGAGAGUAGAUUCCCCAGUAACAGUUUGUGGGGAUAUCCAUGGCCAGUUUUAUGAUCUUAAAGAACUAUUCAGGGUGGGUGGCGAUGUACCUGAGACCAACUAUCUUUUCAUGGGAGACUUUGUUGACCGAGGCUUCUACAGUGUUGAAACAUUCUUGCUGCUGCUGGCACUCAAAGUCCGUUACCCAGAUAGAAUCACCCUUAUCCGUGGCAAUCAUGAAAGCAGGCAGAUCACCCAGGUAUAUGGGUUUUAUGAUGAGUGCUUGAGAAAAUAUGGCUCUGUCACUGUGUGGCGCUACUGCACUGAGAUUUUUGACUACCUCAGCCUCUCUGCCAUUAUUGAUGGCAAGAUUUUCUGUGUCCAUGGUGGCUUAUCCCCCUCCAUCCAGACGUUGGACCAGAUCCGAACAAUAGAUCGCAAGCAAGAGGUCCCUCAUGAUGGCCCCAUGUGUGAUCUUCUAUGGUCUGACCCUGAAGACACUACAGGCUGGGGGGUCAGUCCUCGAGGUGCUGGCUAUUUAUUUGGCAGUGAUGUGGUGGCACAGUUCAACGCAGCAAAUGAUAUCGACAUGAUUUGCCGGGCACAUCAGCUGGUCAUGGAGGGAUACAAAUGGCAUUUCAAUGAGACAGUUCUUACAGUGUGGUCAGCCCCCAACUAUUGCUACCGCUGUGGGAAUGUUGCAGCCAUCUUGGAACUGGAUGAACACCUUCAGAAGGAAUUUAUCAUCUUUGAAGCAGCCCCUCAAGAAACCCGAGGCAUCCCAUCUAAGAAGCCUGUUGCGGACUACUUCCUGUGAAUGCUGCUCCUCCCUCUUCCCCCUUGUGCAGCUUCUGUUUCCUAUUCUGGAUGGUCAGCUUCUCUUUCAGCCUUUGGCAGGGGUUCAGCUCUCUUCUUUCCUUCUCUCCCUUACUCUGGCCCUUGCCCAAUAAAUUCUCAGUUCUGGACCCCUUAGACUGAAUUAGCCAUCUUUUCCCAACAUUGCUGACUCCUGGGCAAUCCCCAGGAUUGUCAUAUUUUUUUGCUCCCUGGAAAAAAAAACACUUUUUAGGAUUUCUGUCUGGAAAACCCUGGAACUUUGUCAGCUCUUUCCAUGAAAAGAAAUAUCAGCCCAGGAACAAAGAAAAGUUGUAGUUAUUUAAAGAUCUCUAGUUUUGUAGAGAAGUCACUGAGUGAUUUCUUGAGCAACUCUUGGUGGGGCUUUUCUACUCAUGAAGCAGUGUUGUCCAAGCUGGUGACCUCCAAAUGUAUUGGCCUAAGACUCCUAUCAUCCUAGCCAACUUGACCAUUCAGAAUUAGAUGGUGGGCAUUGUAGCACAAUCAAAUCUGGAGGACACUAAUUUAGAGAAGGCUGUUCUAGAAGAACUGGAAGUUAUUGCUAAGAGAACAUAUAUGUUACAAAGAACUGGAUUCAGAAGUAAGGAGAAGCCAGAUUGAUCAAAUAAGAUUUGAUCUUGUUAGGGGAGCUAAUUAUCUGGACUAAUUCACCCUCUCCCGCUGCGUCAUUUAGAUGCUUUCUUUUUUCUCUUGUCAGCUGACCUUGGACCUCCAUGGUUUUGGUGCCAGUCUGAAAGAUUUAAGCAAAGAACAAGAAGUGCUUCAAACCUUUGCUGUUUUAGGUUGCUGGAAGACCUACAGUGUUGAGGGGUUUUGGCACUUCAGUCCGUAAUUUGCUUCACUUAUAUGGAAUAGAUUGAACUAAUAUAGGAAGUCCUUCCUUUGUGUGCCAUUGUUCCUGAUUCCCAUUCUGCUCUGUAAAAACAUAUGGCCAGUGGAAGACAAGACUGUCCCCAG